CUUCAUCCAAAAUCAUCACACUCAAAGCAUAACAGAAAACAAGCCUCAAGUUAUAAUCUCUUAGUAACCGUUUUCUGUUAUCUUCCAAUGGCACGUACCAAGCAAACCGCUCGCAAGUCCACCGGCGGCAAGGCCCCAAGGAAGCAACUGGCAACCAAAGCCGCUCGCAAGUCUGCUCCUGCUACCGGAGGAGUGAAGAAGCCACAUCGUUUCAGGCCAGGAACCGUUGCUCUCCGUGAGAUCCGCAAGUACCAAAAGAGCACUGAGCUGUUGAUCCGCAAGCUUCCUUUCCAACGCCUUGUUCGUGAGAUCGCUCAAGAUUUCAAGACUGACCUCCGUUUCCAGAGCUCCGCCGUGUCUGCACUUCAGGAAGCGGCUGAGGCAUAUCUUGUUGGUCUCUUUGAGGAUACUAACCUCUGCGCCAUUCACGCUAAGCGUGUGACUAUCAUGCCUAAGGAUAUCCAGCUUGCAAGGCGUAUUAGAGGCGAGCGUGCUUGAUCUUGUUGAAUUCUUGUUCUUAGGGUUUGCGUAGAUAUUUUUAAUGUGUAGUUAAUCACAAACCGUUGGUUUCUAUUUCAAAUCUUGUAGUAUUGUAAUUGUGCUUAGCGUCUUAUAUCAAUCGAAUGAAUCGUGUUUUUUUUCAA